GGAAAGGCAAAGUGGCUACGGCCGGGCUGCAGAGGCACCGGUGCAGCUCUUCUCCCCGCCCUGAGGAUGGUGUCGCCGCCGCCGCCGCCGCCUGGCCUCCUCCUUCCCCCUCCCGCUCCCUCUUCGCCCGCCAGCCCCUCCGGCACGUCCCCCCGCGGGUCAUCGGGGCUGUUUCGCGUGCCUGCGCUCUGCCUGGCGUGGUACGCGUUGAGCGCUGGCGGGAAUGUGGUGAAUAAGGUGCUGCUGGGCACAUUUCCGCGGCCCGUGACAGUCUCGCUCUGCCACGUGCUGGGCCUGGUGGCGCUCCUGCCCCCCUUGUUACGGGCCUGGCGCGUGCCCGCCGCUAGCCCAGCCCAGCUGCCGCCUCGCGCGUACCCGCGUCUCAUCCUCCCGCUCGCCUUUGGCAAAUACUUAGCCUCCGUCUCAGCCCACGUCUCCCUUUGGCGCGUCCCAGUCUCCUACGCUCACACUGUUAAAGCAACAAUGCCUAUCUGGGUUGUUCUGCUGUCAAGAAUCAUCAUGAAGGAAAAGCAGACAACCAAGGUGUAUUUAUCCCUGAUCCCUAUUAUUGGUGGAGUCCUGCUGGCCACAGUUACAGAACUCUCAUUUGACACUUGGGGACUUAUCAGUGCCCUGGCUGCAACUCUCUGCUUCUCACUUCAGAAUAUUUUCUCUAAGAAGGUUUUAAGAGACUCACGAAUACACCAUCUCCGGCUGUUGAACAUCCUUGGAUGCCAUGCUGUGUUUUUCAUGAUCCCAACAUGGGUGCUGGUUGAUUUGUCCUCAUUCCUUGUAGAAAAUGACUUGAGUUCAAUGGCUCAUUGGCCGUGGACCAUCCUCCUCUUGGCCAUCAGUGGCUUCUGCAACUUUGCCCAGAAUGUCAUCGCCUUCAGCAUCCUGAACCUUAUCAGCCCUCUGAGUUACUCUGUUGCAAAUGCCACAAAAAGGAUCACUGUCAUUAGUGUCUCCCUGAUCAUGCUUCGCAACCCUGUCACCACCACCAAUGUUCUGGGCAUGAUGACUGCUAUCCUGGGAGUGUUUUUGUACAACAAGACCAAGUAUGAUGCAAACCAGGAAGCAAAGAAACAGCUCCUUCCCAUCACGACGGGAGAUCUAGCGAACCUGGACCGGCACUGGAGUACCCCUGAAAAGUCUCAGAAUGGACUUGCCUCCUUUGCACAGCAUGGAGAUUUCCCGUACGGUAGCAGAGGCAAUGUUCUCGUAGACCACUUCCAGUAUUCCCGGCAGAACUAUCCGGCAUUGUAUAGCUCCAGCCGCUAUGAUAUUUAGCGAGGGCUUAUUCAUGGCUCGACGAUGUGAACUGUUCGUGUGGAAUUCUCCCCCUCCACUUGUGUGACUGUUUAGUCUCGAGGAGCAGCUGGGGUCUGUGUGUAUGUCCCAUGGAGGGGAAAAUACUCUAGAAGAGGGAACUGCAUGCCAAGCAAUACUUGCUAGUGGAAGGAACCACUGGGGUGGGUUUCAUCAGGUAAAAUUCGGCCAUCCAAGAGCCCCAAUCUGUAGUCCGAGUCUCUGUGAUUACCAGAUGCCCCUGAACUCGUCGGUUGCCCACAGUAGCCCAAAUGUGGCCAGUAUUCCCUCUUUCACUCCUGCUUUUAGAUCUUUCUGAGUUGCAUUCUGCCUUACUUUCCCAUUAAUCUACAGUUGUUUUCGAAAUGUAACAAAAGCAACUCUUUUUCUCGGUCCCUCUUUUUUGUGGAAAUGAGGAGAAGGUUUGUCGUGUUCUGUAAUGAGAGUAGCUUAGCUGCUCUUCUGCUGCCUUGGGUUGCAGCCUUGCAAGGGGGGUUGCCAAAAACAAAAAAGCGUUUCUUUCUGUUGGGUGUGGGUUUUUUUCCCCAGAUGUUGGAGGAUGAAUGAACUUGUUCUAAAAAAUAAUCAUGUAAUAGCGGGACUUUGCUGCGGUCACUGUGUGGCAAAUAUGGAUUUGAAAUCCUCCCUUUCCCACUCCUGUUUUAAUCAUGAAGUCUCAAAAUCUUUUCUUUUCAUUUUUUCCCCCCACAUACAAGAAGGUGAAGCAGAGAGAUCCACUUGGAACACUGUUUGCUCCAUAUGGCAAGGCCUUUCUGAGGGCUCUCCUAUUUUAUAAGGAUCAUUAAAAAAUACCACUAUGGUCUAUCCUAAUGUCAAAUUUGGGCCUAAUUCAUGUAAGUUGUGCUUAAUUGUUUAUGUUGCCUCUUUGUACUACAUCUUCAUACUUUCUCUCCUGCUGUAGCUGACGUUUCCUUUUUGCCUCCUAAGAUGUCUUCUCCUGGGUACUGAAACUGGAGCAACUUGCUCUUUCUCUUGCACUAUUAGUAGCUGAAACCUUCAGCAAAAAUCUGAGAAGUGUCCACUCUGCUCUUGUGAGUUUGUAAUCAUGCUAUUUGGAAAGAAGGUUUGCAUUCUGUAAUAAGGCCCCUCAGGAGGGCUGCCAUGUGGGGAGGUUGCAGGGGCUGGUAAGGGAGAGUUACUCUGGCCCUGAUCAGUUCCCAAAGCAUUUCACAAGGUCUGAGAUGACCACCAAGGGAGCACUAUCUUGCUUCUUUGCAAGCUAUUUAGGCCUCAUCUCUCCUGCCUUCUUUCUAGAGCAGAAAGACUGGGAAUGUCUCUGUACAUCCCUAGUUUUCAUAAUACUAAAGCAUUGAAAACAGAUGGGAAAUAGAAGAAAGUGGGCGAGAGCUUUUUUUUUUUUAAGGUGUGUGCUGUAGAAGAACAAAACAAUGAGACUUGGACUUCCAUGAGCAUGCCUGGCCAUUCAAUCAAAACACAAUGAGAAUUACUCCUAUGUGGUUUGGGCAAGAGACCAGGGUCAAGAUGGGGGAAGAUGGAUUUAUAGAACAAAAAUAGCAGAAAUAAUUCGCUUUUGAGAAGGACAUGGGAUCCCAAAAUUUAAAAGUCGAGGUAAUUCCUUAUGUGAGCUGCCUUCUGCACCAAAAGUGUAUUUGUCUGAAGAGAGUGAAUAUACUUUCUUUUGGGGUUUUUUUAAUAUAUAAAUGUAUGAGAAAAGAAAAGCAUAAAUAAAGAUUGAGAUCUCACCAGGUUUAGGGCCAGCGAAGAGCAGCUUCCCAUGUUAUGGUAGCUCAGUUGGGAGCACAAAGUGCCAAUUGUCUGGUCUAUUUGCUUUCUUUUAAUAUCCAUUAAACAUUCCAGUCUAAUUGCUGGUGUAACAAUGCAAAGCUGAUAGCAUUUUGAUUUUUAAGAGGCUUGUUGAGGCAUAAGCAGUUCAGUGAACUAGGAAUGUCCGGAGUUCAGUAUAAAAUGGUAAGAGCCAGUAAGUUGUAGCAUGUUGUCACAUGUCUUCCCUUUGUACCCUUUCACAUGUCAGACUGGACAGAGAUUCGAUUUCUCCCCCUUCUCCCUAGAUUCUCCAAAUCUGGUUAUCUGGUAACAGUUGGAGACAUUAGGAACAAUUGGAGACUUUGGGAACCUUGUUUUAGCAGCAGGGUGCUGAUUGUAACUGAUGCAGCUACAAUGAACUAUUUCAGUAUUUGGCGGUUCGAACCCAACUAGAGCCAAGGGAAGGGAGGAGGAGGAGGUAUGACUUUGCCCUACAUGUGACAAGAGCACAAACAUUAAGCUCUCAGAAAAGGUUUCCAAGUAAUUUCACAAUUCAGAAAAAACAGGGCCAAUAUUUGGGGUAUUGCAUCUACUCUGGGCCUGUUUGUCAUACUAAUUUUGGGUGUCCCAUCUAUUCCCAUACUUACAUACUUUGUCCUGGGAGGGGGUGACUGGUGGGAUAACUGUGCAUGUAUGUAUGUUGAGGGGGGCGCACGCGCACUUGUGUAUAUGUAGUUGGAAAUCCUAAUGUGUACUUGGCUUUAAGUGUGUUGUAAAAUUUCUGUAAUUCCCCCAAAGCAAAACGAUCAACUAGAACAGCUAGCUAGCUUUUUAAAAGUUGUAAAAAUUGGCUUUUAGGUCUAAGCUUCAACAAGCAACUUAUUUUUGUAAAUUAGUAAAAUUUUGUCUCUCACUAAAAGGGCCAGGCUUUUUUCUGGUGCUUGGAAAAUUCAUGCUAAGGACAAUUUACAUAUCAUGUCCUUGCCUUUUUUUUUUUUUUUAAAUGUGCAUCCCUGGAUAGCCAAGUGAAGGCUAUGGAUGAUGGCUUCUGAUGAUUUGUAAACACCAAAGCAUGCUAGAAAGUACCGGUGAGCAGGGUAUGCCAUGCUCCCUCAAUCUGGUGUCUUCCAAAUUUGUUAGGUGUUACUUCAUGUAAUCCCAGCCAAUAUGGCCAAAUCCCAAUGCUAACUAGAAAUUAUGAGAAUCGAAAGCAAAUAGAUUGGAGAAAGCUGGGGUGUAUGUUGCAGAGUUCAAGAAUAUUUGAUUUUAGUAAAGGACAAAUUCCAUAAAACUUUUGAAGACUCUUCCUUUCCAACUACCUUUAGAACCGUAAUGCAGAGUUAGUAGGAGCAUGAGGAGCAAGAAAAGGAGUAGAGCAGAGUCAUGUUAACUCUUGGGCAUGCCCUUGAAUAUCUUGCUGGAGUAUCUUUUUGUUGAAAUCUUUCCUUUGUAUGAAUGAACACCAAUGUUAGGUCGAAGCUGCACAUAAGGCAGCAUGGCAAGUUGAUUGCUGCUCUCUAUGUCUUUUAGAACAUUUCUUUUCUAAGCCUCCCCUGCUGUGGGAGGAACCUUUUCAAAAGGUUAGUCAUUUGUGAAUUGGGGCAGCUUGGAAAGGGCACAUCCUUCGGCCACCUGAGCCAACUCCGGCUUUUGAGUCCGAGUAACUUGGAAGUCUGUCCUUUUCAAACUGGCAAGAUGGACCUGCUUCCAAAUAAAUGUUUAGGAUUGUGUAAGUCAGUCAGUUGCCUCUCAGAGGGGCAGUCUCGAUUUGUAAAUAGCAUUGACAAUGUCUGAAAAAGGAAUAUUUAAUCGAGUUGAUAGGUGUGGAUGUAUAUAUUAUAAAUAAAUGCAGUCACUCCUGUCCUAAGUAAGGUGAACUUUUUUCAGGUUUUAUUUGUAGUGUACAGGAACCAUGAUUUUUUUAGUCUGCACAUUUAAAAAUUGGAUAAAACAAAGUGUGUUGUAAUUAUGCUUUUUAAAUAUUGAAUAUGUAAAUAAAGCUGAAUUCUGCAGAGUUGAAA